AGGGGGCCCCCCAUUCACUCAGUGGUAUGUAUUGAGCGCUUCCUGUGUGCAGAGCGCUGGACUACGCGCCCUAGGGAGUCCAAUACAGUAAUGAAGAGUGAGCCUGCUCAGGAGGAGCUGACAGUCUGGGGGGCCGGGGGGGCUUCUCGCCUCCCUUCCCCCUCCCCCACUCGGGGGAUCCAGCAGCCAUGGUUGUCCCUGAGCCUGGGCCUGGGCCAGGAUCCGCACCCGCGUCCGGAGCCGAAGGUCCCGGGGCAGGAUCCGCACCCGCGUCCGAAGCCGAAGGUCCCGGGGCGUCCGCCUCUGCCGCCCCUCCGCGCCGGCCCCGCCCGCCCGGGACGGAGGACCGCCGCCCCCCGCCGGACCCCAGGACCCCGGACCUCCUCCGGCCGCAGAGCUCAGCAGAAGAGACUCGCCGUCGCCGACCCGGACCCCGUCCCCGUCAGACUUCACGAAACCAACCAGAUCCUCAGGCUGAUGCUGCAGGUUCGGCGGCGCUCCCUGGAGGAGGUGAAGGCCCAGGCGCGCGUCCUGAGGAAGGCCAACUGGGCCCUGGCCGAGAGCACGCGCCGCACCGAGAUCCUGCUGGUGGACCACGUGCGGGAGCUGCUCCAGCAGCAGGAUCUCUUCGAGACCAUGAUUGCCACCCUGGAAUCGUCCAAUCAGAGGCAGCUCCACAUCACCAAGCGCCAACUGGAAGAGACGGAAGAGAGGGAGAAGGCCAAAAUGGAGGUGCUCCAACGCCAGCUGAGCCGACUGACGGCCCGGAACGGCAAGGCCCAGGAGGAGCUGAACGUUCUCCUCGCCUACAUGGACCAGGACUUCCCGCUCAAGGUCGUGCAGAUAUCCAGCCUCCUCAGGCAGGUCCAGCAGCUGAAGGACGCCCAGCAGGACGAGCUGGAGGAGCUGAAGCUGAUGCGCAGGACGGUGCUGGGAUCCAUGGAGAGGAAGGCCCGGGAGGCCAAGGAGAAGAUCCUGAAGCGUCUGGCCGACAAGAAGAUCCGUCCCUACGAGGAGGUUCUGGCCCAGAAGACCAAGGCCAACAAGGAGAUGGUGGAGCAGAUCUCCUACUUCCAGAGGCUGGUGGACAGACUGGAGGAGGAAAUCCCCCGGCUGGAGGCCCAAGUGAAGACAUUACAGUCCCAGACCCCCGGACUCCUACGGGAGAUCAUCUUCCCGGACAUCCUCCUGAGAAAGCCGAAGUGCCUGCCGGACACAGACAUCUGCCUCGAUAUCCCCAGGGAAGAGCGGCUGCCUUUCUAGCCCGAGGAGGGGGCAUGGGGAGAGGACCCGGCGGGGAGGGUCCGGGGACCAAUAAAACCACUUCUAUUCACUC